AUGGAUCCAUCUGCUCCGCUGCCUCCCUUGCUCCUGCUGCCACCGCUCCCUCCUCUCGUCUCUUAUUAUACUCGCCGUCGCACUGCUCGCCGACCGCUUCUCCCUCCCGCCCCACGUGACCCGAAAAAUUUCUCGGAAAAGAAAAAAAAGCGCUCGAGGCCUGAAAUUUUCUGCCAGACGCAUUGGAUAUAUAGAGGGCCCAGGACCGCGAUCUGGUCGUGGGAGUCCGUCGAGAGCGGCGGUCGAGCAGACAUGAGCGAGAGCGGUGCGUUUGCGCGGAUCAGGAGGCGCGGCGCCGGCAUGGUGCGCCGGGUGCCGGGGUCCGGGAUCAUCGGCAAUAACAAGUGCUAUAAUUACUUGGUCGGCGUGUGGGGCAGCCGGCGGCUGCGGAAGCGGGGUAGAAAGGUUGUCCGGGACACGCAGCCCGUGCUCGAGAGCAGCGACUCGUUCUCGGACACGAGCACGCUGGUCAACAGCAGCGGCAGCUCGCGGUCGAGCACCUUCGGUGCGUCGACCGCUACGCUGCUCGACGACGAGUGGGUCGGCGGCUGCGUGGAGUCGAAAGAGCUGCGGGCGGUCGAGGAAGAGGUCUGCGUCGACGUGCGGGAGUUUGUGCGCGCGUUCAACCACACGCGCGCACACGAGCUGGGCCGCGAGCGCCACCUGCACUACUACCAGCUGCCGUUCCCCUGGCGCGAGAACCGGUACAUCAUCCACGGAUACCGGUUCUACGACUCGCACGCCAAGUCGCUGCUGUCGGUGGUCAACUGGUACGGCUGGCACAACGAGACGUGGAACAUCUGGACUCAUCUUGCCGGUGCGGGGUAUCUGGUGUAUCUUGGGGCGCGCGACUUCCCGCGGUCGGAGGUGUGGCGGUCCGCGGAGGUGCCCCUGCCCGCGAAGCUGGUCGUGUACGUGUUUCUGGCGGCGGGGCUCAAGUGCAUGUGUGCGUCUGUGUUCUGGCACACGUUCAACGGGACGUGCUGCCUGCAGCUGCGCAGCCGGUUUGCGUGCGUGGACUACACGGGGAUCACCGUGCUGAUCACGGCGUCGGUGCUGACGACCGAGUUUGCCACGAGCUACGAGUCGCGGUGGUCGCUGUGCUGCUACCUUGCGGCGUCUUCUGUGCUCGGCGCGCUCGGAGUGGUGAUGAACUGGUCGCCCAAGUUCGACCGGCCCGAGGCGCGGCCGCUGCGGAUCAAGUUCUUUGUACUGCUGGCCGCGAUGGGCGCGCUGUCGUUUGUGCAGCUGGUUGUACGCACGAGCUGGCGGCACGCGGCGCGGCUGAUCGCGCCCGUGACGACCAAGUCGGUCGUGUGGUAUCUGAUCGGGGUGUUUUUCUACGGGUCGUUCAUCCCGGAACGGUUCAGAAGCGACGUGGUGGUCGACGCGGCGAUACCGACCGAGCUGGAGCUGUCGACUAACGUCGAGAUCGUGACGAAGCACAGACAUGUGCAUUUCCGGGAGCGGCCGACGGAGGGGCCGUACAAGAAGCGGUGCUUGCGGUCGCUGUGGUGGGUAGACUAUUUUGGCUGCUCGCACAGUCUGUGGCAUCUGUUUGUAGUUCUCGGGGUCGUUGGCCAUUACACUGCGAUCCUGGAGAUGUUUGGCAAGCGGUGGAUCGCGCAAGACAUUAUUUAA